UACCCCACCUGCCGCACCAACCACAACAAGUUGGCUUCACUGCAGCUAGCUCUUUUCCAGCGGCGAUCGCAUAUCAUAGGGCGCGCGAGCGAGCGACUGCUGGCCAGCACAACGCUGCGCGGCUGCGGACGGCCAAGGAUCGAAAUAUCGCGAUAUCUUCCAGCGACGUAUACAUAUAUAUGAUAUAUUGCACUCCAGCUGCUCCUCCCGUCGACGAAACACUCGAGUGAACACUGAACGCGCAGCGAGUGAUUCCAGGAGCAGUAAGAAGUAUAAUAAUACAGGACAGUGCGGGGGGCGGUCGUCAUGAUCCUUGCCAUGAGGAGUCGCCACGAGGAGCCGAGACGGAGCACCAGGGACUAGAGAGACAGAGAGAAAUAUGUCGUGGCAGCAGCCGAUCGGACGUCCCCGGGCUCGGCUCAGGUUUAUCCUCGUCUCUGGGGCGCGGCCUUACGCUCCUCAUCCUCGUCAGAUCUCCGCAUUACGGGUAUAGAUAUAGAAUUCUUCAAAAGCACUUCGGAGAGCGGUACUGUCUGUCUCCCCAGGUCGGUCUUAGAUGACGGCCGCGCGCCGUGCCUCGACGGGUCAUGGGGGCCUGUUUAGGCCACUGUCUAACCGCCAUCGCCGACCGCUUCUCACACAGGUCUUAUCGAAGACACACAAAUGUGUCUUUCCAAGGGGAAGAACAAGCUGAGUUUGACCAAACCGUCAACCAAACUGAAGAGCAAGAUAGUAGUGAUCCCUCCAGAUCAAAGAAACUCUUGUCGUUUUUCUCCUUGAAACAAUUCAAGAAUCAUAGAGUUCCUGUAACUUUGGAAUUGAUUGAAGAUACAGGCUGGCCUGGACGAUCAAAUAAAUAUUCGAGACUUAGCUCUAAAAAUGUAUCUACUAGUUCUGGUUUAGAUAAUCCACUGCAAAUGUUGGAUGCUAGAGGGCUUCUUCUACACCAAGGAUGUGUAUCAUCUACUCGUGCAUCUUCCGUAGAUUUAGAAUGGGAGCACGAAGGGAUGCCAAUGCCUAUUUUAGACAAUGAAAAAUUAGAAAGUCCAGAUGAAUCACUAAGCGAACCUUCAGUACACAAUAGUCAGCCUUCUAGUUUAACUGCUUCACCCUGGUCAAGGGUAUCAACACCAAACAGCUUGGAGUGGGAUCCUGUGGAAGCAGAUAUGGUAGACGUGGAGACUGAGAAACUUCUAACAGAAAUCGAACGGCUAACUGACAGGGCACUCAAAGAAACAGGAGAUUGGACUACUUCUAGUUGAUAAGCUAAAUAUUUGCGCCUUCUGCAGGUUGUUUAUAUUUUUGUAAUAUAUCAGGGGCACAAGGAAAAAGUUUUUGAAAAAUCAAAAUGUUUCAUAUUGUUAUAUAAAAAGGGGAUGACAGGAUGUGCUAUUAUUUUCAUAAAUUUAAAAAAGAGUAUUUUACUAAUCGACAUUUUCACUUUCUGAUUAAGUUUAGUCGUCAAGAGCAUUAGAAGUAUAAAAAUUGUUUUAGAUGGAUUACUAGUAAAUCAGAAUGUUAAUAAUCUACUCAAAGUCCAAUGUCAAUAUCAUUGUAGUUACUAUAUGUAGGAUAUAUUUAAUGAUAUAAAAGAAAGUGAGAAGAUGUAAAUCAAUAUAAAAUAUAAAAGAAUUUAAUGUUAAAAUUAGUUGGAUGCUGGAACGUGAUAUCGUUGAUGGUAGAUUUGUUGCCUUAGACUAGUUACAAAAAAUAAAAUUACGUAAACAAUGUUUAUAACUGUUACUGCACUGCUUCAACUUUUGAGUUAAUUGCAUUAAAGUAAAUUCAUGGAAAAAUAUAGUGAACAUAUAUCACAUGGUGCUAAAAUUACAAGAUUCUUAAUUUGGAAUUAAACUUUUAGUUCUAUAUUAAUAAAAGAAAAAAGUAAUACAAAAUUAUCCAGUAACGUAACUGCUUAUUAAUGCAUGAAAAAAUAUAUUAAAAAGAAAAAUAAAAUGUAUAUUUUCAAAAUAAUAAAAUUAAAAAAUAUUUAUUCUUGCAAAAAAUAAAUUUCUAUAAAAACUAUUUUGUUAAAUGUAUUGCUGGUAAACACUUAAUACUUAUGUACUUAUUUUAAAAUUAAGAGCUUUACCAUUUACUUUUUAUGCAUUUUUAUUUAAACUGAAGGUGUGUGAACUUUAUGUAAGUUCUUUACAAAAAAUGUGAAUAUAACGAAUUCUACUUUUUUAAAUAAAAAAGAAAGUAUUGUUGUUAACUGUCAGAAUUAUUGAAGACUGAGUUGCAUAAAUUGUUAAUGCGUCUGUUAUAAGUCUCAUCUUGCAUCAGAUUGAAAUUCAGAAGGCUGUCAAUUGCUUAAUGAAUGUGAUUGAUUUUUUAGAUGAGUAUUGUGAUACUAACACAUUCCGUCAACAAAUUCUUACAUACUGCAUGAUACAGAUGAACAUGCAUGAUUGGGACCAAUUGUGACAGACGCAAAUAGAAUUAAGCUCUAUUAUGUAUAAUAACAUACAAUAAAAAAAUACCUAAAAGCUUGCAGGUAUGAAGCUUAAAAAACAGGGCUACACUAAGUAUAUUUCCACACAUUAAAUUGUAAAUAGAGUAUUGUUUAAUAAUUCGAAUUAAACAGUUCACAUUGUCUUAUCUGUUUUCAGAUAAUCGUUGUGUAAAAAUAAUUCAAUAUGUACUAAUUAUUACGUAAAAACAUGUAAAAUAUGUGCCAUGCGUAAUUACUAUCUACAUUUGCAAAAUAUUUUUUAAGUGAAUUCAUAAUUUCAAGUAUUGUAAUUAUUAUACUUUAUUAAAUAUUGCUUAUUUCAGAUAAAAUACAUACAAACUUUUUGUAGAGUAA